AGAAGAAGUGAAUGUAAGAUUUCUCAUGUCAUUUUGUGUAUGUAAUAUUUCUGUAUAGAUGUUUCUAUACAGGAAUAUUACAUAUACAAAAUGACAAACGUCAUUGUAAUGCAUUACAAACAUGAUGUGAAGAAAUGGCUCCUUUUGCUGCUGCUCAGCGUCCAAGCAGCAGCGUCCCACUCCCUCCAAUACAUCAUCACUGCAACCACAUCAAGAAUACAUUUCCCAGAAUACACUGCGGUUGGUCUGGUGGAUGGGGAGCAGUUUGUGUACUAUGACAGCAACAUCAGUAAGAUGAUUCCAAAGACAGAGUGGAUGAAGAAGAAUGUGGGUGAAGAUUACUGGACCACAGAGACACAGAAGCAGGAACGAGCUCAAGAGAUCUUCAAGGCUAAUCUGGUUAUUCUAAUGAAGCGUUUUAAUCAGACAGACGGUGUUCACACGUUACAGAGGAGGUCUGGCUGUGAGACGGGUGAAAAUGACACUGUUACAGGAUACUUUCAGUUUAGUUAUGAUGGAGAAGACUUCCUCAUUCUGGAUAUGAGCACCUUAACCUGGACUGCAGCUCAUCAGAAAGCUGUUAGUACCAAACAGAAGUGGGAGACUGCUGGAGAUCCAAAUUACAGGAAGCACUAUCUGGACACCGACUGUGUCGACUAUUUAAGGAAGUAUGUGGAAUACGGCAGAUCCACUCUGGAGAGGAAAGUCUCUCCUGAGGCGUCUAUGUUCCAGAAGGACUCUUCUUCUCCAGUGGUGUGUCAUGCUACAGGUUUCUUCCCCAAAGCAGUGAUGAUCUCCUGGCAGAAGAAUGGAGAGGAUCUGCAUGAGGACGUGGAGCUCAGAGAGACGCUACCCAACCAGGAUGGAACCUUCCAGAAGAGAAGCGUUCUGACUGUCUCACCUGAGGAGCUGAACAAACACAACUACACCUGCAUCAUUCAGCACAGCAGCCUGGAGAAGGAGAUGGUACUAACAGUGUCUGAUUACAGAGUCCUGCCAGAUGGAGGAUCAGUUAUCAUAAUUAUUAUCACAGUGGUGGCUGCUCUUCUCAUUGUCAUCAUUGUCUGUUUUGGGUUUCUCAUUUGGAAGAAGAAGAAGCAGAAUAAGCCUGGCGUCAGAGCUGUUUCAGGAAAAGAUUAAGCCCCUUCUGAGGGAGCCUCAUCAUCCAUCAGAUCCUGACGACCAAAGGUCAACAUGUUGAUUACAGAGAGUCUUUCUUACAGCAUACAAAGCUGUUUCACUGCUGCAUAUCAAGUCCUUUCAAUGUAUGUGGCAACUCAGUCGAGUGUCUUCAUGGUCACAGUAUUAUUUUUUUUAUUGUACAUUCAUCAAAUCUGUAUUUUUUUGUGACUUUUUUGUGGAAAACUUUUGUGGAGAGUUUGUAUGGUGAUGGUUUCUUGAGAAAGGACGCGAUCUAUGAAGGCGUGUCCUUCGAAGGCUAGUCGGCUCUAUGGUGGAUUUCCUGUUUGCGUCACAGCACCGCUGUUCCUGCCCUUACGGCUGUGUCACGAAACGCUGUUCCUGUCACGUUCCUUUAAUACCCUUUAAAGACGGGGCCAGAACACAGCUGUUGUUUUUUAGGUAAUAGAUUCAUGGAUAGUGUGCUGAGUCUUCACUAGAGGAGUUUUAGCAACUUGGCUGCUCAGGAGGAAUUAAAAAAACUCCAAAGUGUCUGUCCAUCAUGAAGUUUUUGAGUAACAAAAAAAACUAUGGAAUCUACUGGGUUUAGUUGGCAUUCAGACAAUCUGUAGUUUAAUCAGAUGUAGGCACACAUCUAAAAUGGCUUAAAUUAUCCAAUUCUUCAAGUAGGAGUGGCGAUAUGAACUCAAAUUCAUAUCAUAGUACUUUAUUUUAUUCAGACUAUAACAGUAUGAUAUUACAAUAUAGAAAAAAGUGAAAACAUAAUAGCAACAGUAAUAAUAACAGUAACAAAAUAUUGCAAAAAUAAUAACUAUUAUUAUUGUUACAGCUAGUACUAUUGUUGGUAUGAUGCCAUUAUUAUUAUUAUUAUUAUUAUUAUUAUUAUUAUUAUACUGGCAACUAAAAGUAUUCUUCAUUGUGUAAAUACUUGCUUCUUCAGAAUGGAAGCAGGUUUUAGUCUCUCCUGCAGCCUCUCCUCAUGUUUGUUUUUACCUCUUCACUCAUUCUCAAUCCCAUUUUGCACCUUGAAUUUGGAGUCUAGAAUAAUAUUUUACAGCUUGCUGCAUCUAACAAAGCUCACUAUUCCAGGCUUCAGCAGCACAAAUGCGGCAUGUGUGAGGUAGUUGUAAACCAAGCAGGAAAAUGCCAUAUCUGUGUGAACGGUCAUCAGGCGAGGGCUGUAGCAGAAACAGCGCAUAACAAUACAACAUUUUUAUUAAAAUAGUAGUGUAGUCCAAACCUAGACGUCCCACACCACUGUAUAAUUUCUACCUGCACUACUCUUUAGUCUUAACUAGUCUGGCACAAAUUCUAUCCUAACGUCUUUACAGGCUUUAGCCACAUUGACUGCUCCUCACAACUACAACACUGUUGUACAGCGCUCAGUGAUAUGUUUGGUGAGUGUUUGUCGUGUUCUGAUCAUAAAGGAUAGUUUAAAACCACAAGUAACCACCCAGGAGCAAAAAUCAGCCUUCAAACUUGAAAGGAGUAAUGAUUCGACACUGUGAGUUUGACUGAUAUGAACAUUUUUAUCAGGAUAACAUUUCUGGCCAUAUUGCCCAGCUGUAGCUGGAGCCUAUCCCAGCGGUCAUGAGGCAGAAGAUAGGAAACACCCUGGACAGGCCGCCAGUCCAUCAAAGGCCAGACAGACAGACAUAUGCACUCACACACACACUAACACUUAGCGGCAAUAUAGCGUGUCCAAUUGGCCUGACUGCAUGUCUUCGGACUGUGAGGGGAAACCGGAGCACACAAAAUGUGGCCUGAACAAAAGUGACACAUUAUAUAUUAUAUAUUUUUUUCAAAUGUGUCAAAUUCCGCAAAUAAAUGUAGCUGUGCAUUAAAAUGGGUAGAAGUGUGUUCUCUGUAGAGGACAUGUUCAUUUGUUUUCACUUAGAAAUAACAAUGCAAUUAGACCAUGUUCAGAUUUUACACACAGUUGUAUACAUGUUAAAAAUGGAGAUAUAAUACUGUAUAUUUUUAUAUAGGCUUUGUUGAAAACAAAACGCUAAAUAAAAUUAGCAUUAUAUAUGUGCAAUAUUCUAUUGUAAAAUAUUUUAUAUGUAAUGAGUCUUUAUUUGUACAGUUUGUGUUGGAAAUGCUGUAUGUUUGUGAUUAAAAGUUGUAUUUUAACUUUUAGACUUUAAA